GUAUUUAUUGGAACGGAGAACCGAUGGAUUCACAAUGUGCAUUUUGUAAUUAUUUGAUGGAACACGGGUUGGAUAUAUCUACAUUUUUGUUGUCGUAGUAGGAUCUUAUAACGUCUUUUUCAUUGUAUUUUAUAAUACAAUAAUGGAGUUUGGAAAAAAAGGUCGAAAAGAGGAGUUCUAUGUGUUUGUUUUUCAAAUGGCUCUACUGCUUUUCGUCGGAAAGCCGGCUUUUGCGCAGAUUAGAUACUCUGUUCCAGAAGAAGCUAAAGAAGGAACUGCUGUUGGGAAUGUUGCGAAGGAUCUUGGCAUUGAAAUGACAUCGUUAUCCGAACGACGGUUCCGUGUUGUUUCUGGAUCAAAGGAGACAUUUUUUGAGGUAAAUCAAGAAAAUGGCGUUCUGUAUGUACACAGUAAAAUCGACAGAGAGGAGCUCUGCCACGGCGACGGUGCGUGUCUAAUGGAAUUGAAAAUACUCGUCGAAAACCCCUUGGAAAUGCAUUACGUAGUUGUGGAAAUCACAGAUGUCAAUGAUCAUUCUCCAUGGUUCCCUGAAAAUGAACAACAAUUUGAAAUAGGGGAACAAACCUUACCAGGAAGGCGAUUUCAACUGCAUGCCGCUCGCGAUCCCGAUGCUGGAAUUAACUCUAUCCGCACAUACACCUUGACAUCAAACGAUUAUUUUGAAGUAGAUGUUCGUCAAAGCGAUGAGGAUAAAAUACCCUUUGUGGUGCUGAAGAAAUCGUUGGAUAGAGAACAAAAUAACAAUCACACUCUAUUGGUUACAGCAGUUGAUGGAGGUAAACCUCCUAAAUAUGGGACUCUAAAUGUUUCUAUUAUCGUUCUUGACAGUAAUGACAAUCGACCAAUUUUUAGUCAGGAGAUUUAUCAAAUUACAUUAAACGAAAAUGUCUCUGUCGGUACUGCAGUAAUUCAACUUAAUGCAACUGAUUCCGACGAGGGCACCAACAGUGAAAUUGAAUACAGCCUUGGAAAAACUAUGAAGAAAAAAGUGUAUGACAUUUUUGAAUUAGAUAAAUCAACUGGAGUGAUUAAAAUGAAAGAAGUAGUGGACUAUGAAGAAAACGAUGUCUAUAAGCUGGAUAUUGAGGCAUCCGAUAAAGGAACUCCUCCCCUGACUGGUGAGUGUAGAGUCAUUAUAAAAAUUAAAGACGUCAAUGACAAUCCACCAGAAAUAGAUGUGACGUCUCUUUUAAAUAUAGUGUCUGAAGACUCCAAGCCUGGAACUGUCAUUUCAUUGCUUAGUACUAUGGAUAAAGACUCCGGAGUGAAUGGAAAAAUUAUUACAAGGAUAAUUUCAGGCGUGCCUUUUGAAUUAAAACCGUCCUAUAAGGAUAAUAUAUAUUCAGUUGUGACCAAAGGAUUUUUAGACCGAGAGGAGGCGUCACAUUAUAACAUACUAAUAAAAGCCACCGAUUGUGGUGAACCUCCCUUAUCUACUGUUAAAAAAUUGAGUAUUAAUAUAUCGGAUGUGAAUGACAACAGUCCACAGUUUGAACACAAUCGAUCACAGUUUUACCUUAAAGAAAAUAAUGUUGCUGGAGCGUCCAUUUUCUCUGUAAGCGCAACGGACAAAGAUGUGAAUAACAACGCAGCGAUUUCUUUUCGAGUUUUAAGAGGAGCAACGGAGAAUGAUGUAACAUCAUACCUCAGUAUCAACUCUGAAAAUGGAGAUAUUUCUGCACUAAAAAGCUUUGACUUUGAAACCCUGAAAACGUUCCAGUUCCAAGUUGUCGCCACAGAUUCUGGGACUCCGUCACUGAGCACCAACGUCACGGUGCACGUGUUCAUUCUGGAUCAGAACGACAACGCUCCAGUCAUCCUGUAUCCUCUCAGCUCUAACGGUUCUGCUGAAGGUGUGGAGGAGAUUCCGCGCAAUGUGAACGCAGGACACUUGGUGACUAAAGUCAGGGCCUAUGACGCUGAUAUAGGAUAUAACGGCUGGUUACUGUUUUCACUGCAGGAGGUUACUGACCACAGUCUCUUUGGGUUGGACCGCUAUACAGGACAGAUCAGGACACUGCGCUCAUUCACAGAGACGGACGAGGCUGAGCAUAAACUGGUCAUACUGGUCAAAGACAACGGGAACGUUUCACUCUCAGCAACAGCUACUGUGAUUGUCAAAGUUGUGGAGCCCAAAGAGGCUUUUGCUGCUUCUGAUGUUAAAAGUGCCACAAAUGACGAGGAGGAGAAUAACGUGACUUUUUACCUGAUGAUAACUUUGGGCUCAGUUUCAACGCUUUUUCUCAUCAGUAUCAUCGUGCUGAUUGCAAUGCAGUGCUCUAAAUCCACAGAGUAUACUUCUAAAUAUCUACAAGAGACUAAUUAUGACGGGACACUGUGUCACAGCAUCCAGUACAGAUCUGGAGAGAAACGCUACAUGUUAGUUGGACCCAGAAUGAGUGUAGGAUCUACUAUAGUCCCGGGCAGCCACGCAAACACACUGAUGCUCCCUGAUAGGAGGACACCUGGAGAGAUUUUAAAAUGGUGGUAUUAG